AUGACGGUCUACGAAAUACUGGUGACGCGGGGCAAGAGAAAGCGGAUGAUGGCGAGCAAGGAGGACCCCUUCGAGCGGAUCGAGCGCCAGCUCCGCGCGGCGAAGCGGUUCCGCGUCGAGGAGUACAUCCGCUCGCUCGCCACCGACAGCCGAGUUGACGAGGACGAGCAGCGCAAGCGCUACGCCUUCUUCUUCGGCGGCGAUCGCUCUUCGGGCUCCUCUGCUCUCGGCGCCGCGCUGGCCACACCGCCUGCAGGGCCGCCCGCUCCGCCACGAACCACGUCCCUCACGGCCGGGCCGAGCGUUGACCAGGACUGUCGGUCAGGCCGGAGCUACGGUGAUCGCCAGCACUCCCUCGGCCUUGUUCGCCUUGCCCGCGACGCACCCGGCGACGAUGCGCCCUAUGCCGUCAUCAGGCGCGACCGGCGGGCCUGUUGUGGGAUCGAUUGGGCUGCCGUCGACUUCGAGCUGCAGCUACGCGCUGCGUUCGCUCUAUCCGCCCUCGCGACCCAACAUCCUCGCCACGGCCUCGCCCUCGCUCGCGAGAGGAUCGUCAUCGUCGUCGUCGUCGUCGUCGUCGUCUUCAUUGUCGUCCUUAUCGCCGGAGGCAUCGCCAGUGGCCCUGGCCUCACUCUCCUCCCCGGUGUCGUCGCCUGUGGUGCACUCGCCACGUGGCCCGCCCGUAGCGCAAUCGUCGGCUCCCUCGGCUUCUUCAGCUGCAGCGCGGCAGCCGACAUCCACGAGCUCCUCCCCAUCGGCCUGCUGCUGCUCUCCGCCGCCGGGUGCCAGAGCUGCAUCGCCAUCGGUGUCUCCAACAACACCGACGAAGCGGACAGCGGGCAGCAGCAGCACAGCAGCUCGACGCCCCGUGUUGUCCCCCAGCAGCCUGCGACCGGCCUCCGGGAUGUGCGACUAGUGCAGCUGCGCUCGAGAAGUGUAAAUAAUGUAAAAUAA